AUGUCUCAUCCCAAAAAGGGGAAAAAAGUAACGGAACGAAAAAAACCACGCUAUAUACUUAAAAUAAAUGUCCCUCCCCCACCUAUAGCUCCUACACCUAUACCUUCUUCAUCUGUAGGUGCUGAGAAUAUACAUGCCCAUACAAACAAUAUUGCACCUACAACCACUUCUGCCCCAUCCCCAGUUGAUGCACCCAACCCUAGUCCAUCACCUGUCAUUGCAUCAGCACCUUCCCCAGGAGCUACAUUGCCUUCAGUAUUAUCAGUGCCUUCUAGAGUCCAUCAUACACUAGCUAGGGAAGACCAAGAAGUGCAUAUUCAGGAAGGUGAUGCACAAUCAGACAUUGAGGAGGAUCAUCCACUUGGCACUAAUCUUCCUAUCAUAUCACCUUAUGGUCUAGG